GAGAGGGAGACAGAGAGUUGAAGCACCGCUUUCUCUCUCAUGCCCACUCUCACUCCACCUGUACCGCCACAUUGCCACCGCUUGGUACAAAUGUGCAGUACGUAUACUGUAUUCCCAACUCCAAGCACCGUUUCCCCUCGACAACUCCUCUUUCCUUACGUAACCUUUUGCCUUUUUUGUCAUAAAAUCUGCGUGCUAUUCUCAUCCCCAAAGAGAGUACUACUCUCAGAGCUAGUUAGAGUCUAGACCCUGAAGAAAAUGGAGCUUGAAAUGGUGAAAAAUGAGCUGAAAAUGGCGAGGGGUGGGGAGAAUGGAGGGAAGGAAGAUGAAGUUGUGGUCAGUGUCAAAGAGGAGCCCUUCUUGUUUCUUGAUGAGCAUGAGAAUCUUGAGGUUGGUUUUAAUGGCGGAGGUGGGGAUGGAUGGGCGGCGGAGCAGCACGCGAGGCCAAUCGACGGGCUGAAAGAGAUUGGGCCACCACCAUUUCUGAAGAAGACGUUUGAGAUGGUGGAUGAUCCCUAUACAGACUCUAUAAUAUCGUGGAGUCCGUCAAGAACCAGUUUCGUUGUUUGGGAUCCUCACAAAUUCUCCACGGAUUUGCUGCCUAAACACUUCAAGCACAACAAUUUCUCUAGCUUUGUUCGCCAGCUCAACACCUAUGUGAGCAUCUAUCAUUUACUUGUGUGUUUUUUGUUGUGAAUUUUGGGAGUUUCUCACUGUUGGGAGAUAGGGGGAAGCAAUUUCCUGUUUGUGUUUUUAUGUGGAAGAGUAUUUGAUGAGCAUGAUUCCUUUUCUUCAGUCCAAAUUCACAGUUUUGAAUUUUGAUCCGAGUACAUAUGUUAAAUAUAUUUCGUCUAGCUUUCUUGUAUCUCCUAUUGCAUUUUUAUUUGAUGAGUUUUAGGGGAUUUUUUGAAGGGGUUUGUUGAUAGGAAAUUUUGGGUGGUGUAGUGAUUCAAUUUAUUGUUCUUGAGUUAAAAACUUUAAUGCAACUUCGCUUUGCUUUCUUGUAAAACAAGGGUAGUUGUCUGGAUUAUGUAUUGUUUCUGAAUGUUUGAAGUUGAUUGGGUUCGAUCAGAUAUUGUGGGGGCAAAUUUCAGAGCCUCGCUGUUUGAUAUCUCGGAUUAGUUUGGUAGAUGCUUCAGCCUUUUGAAUUUUGGGAUUUUUCUUUCGAUUUCACUGUUUCCCCAAUAAGAUUAGAGUAUGUUCAGUUGCUGUUUGUAUUGUGGCUUGAUUGUUUGUUUGUG